AUGGGCUGCACUACGUUCAGCCCACCCUCUCUGCCAUCCGCUAUCGUGCGGAUUCUCAACGAGCCUGUGCUGCCCCCUGAGAUCGGGCACCAACACACGUAUGCGACGUUCGAUCCAGAGAGGUCCUCAACGCUCUGUAACACGGACAUAUGGGAGUGCGGCGAUGAGGAAAAGAACAGCGGCCUGAAUACGGUCAUCUCGGAUGGACUCAUCUGGACCGAAGACGCUGGCCGCCAGAGCACAGUGACCAGCACUGUCUACGAGCCAUGGGAUGCCUUGCCCUCGGAGUGCUCGUGCCCAAUAGUGCUGUCCACCCUCACAGUGACCAGGACCGAAACAGAGACAGAGACACCAGCCAGUACCCCGACGGGGGUUGAGCAGCCAGACGCAGAUAGCAGUGGUUCGACAACGGCUCCCAUCCCAGGAGUCGCCUCUUUCAUAGGUGCCGCGGUCAGGUCGGUGAGAGGCAUGUGGCUCGGUGCUUGGAUGGGGUUCUGUCGCUAG